GGUCAUAUAUACAUAUACAUUUAAAAAACAUUUCCUUAUGAUCAUUUUGGGAGAGAAAAAUCAGAACAAAAGGGAAAAACCUUAAAUUAAAAAACAAGACAAAAAAAAAGUGCACAUAGCAUGUGUCGAUUUACAUUCAAUCUCCAUAUUUCUCUCCUUAUUUUCCACCCAGUUUUUUGAGAUUGCUUUGAUGGUAAAUUCUCCUUUUAAAAAUUGAUAUUAUUAAUUUUGCUGCUAGGGAUGGGUAAUAAAAAAGAGACACACUGGAGAACUUAGAUCUAGUUAACGGUUCGUUAUUAAGCGCAGAGAGGGAUAGUUUUGAGAUUUCUCUCAGCUACAGAAAAUUAGGAGCACUCGAAGUUGUACGUGGACGACUUUAAUAUGGAUGUAAGAAAAACUGCCCCGAAUUAGAAUUAUGCAAGAGUUGUGCGGGAGUUGCUUCGUAAAGCAGAGAGCUUCCCAUCUCUGGAGGUCUUUCUCAGAGGCUUCUCGAUCACUUAUCAGCUACAAAGGGGUAAAGGGCAUCUUCUAGUGGGAGGUGGCCUGGGUGACCGUUGGCCUCCUGGGAUUGCGAGGCUGGGAUUGCGAGCACGCAAAGGGAGCUCCACCAGGCCGCCAGGGGGCGGCCUCUCGCAGCCUAGAUUAGCGGGCGGGGCCUUCCGGAAAGCGAGACCCUAGACCGUAGCAGGCCAGCCGUUGCUGGAGAGGGCGCCGGCCUCUCGCUUUUCCUCUGACCACCUUUUCUCGUAGGUAACUGGAGAGGUCUCUGGCGCGUAAGCGUGCGACAUGAUGAACACGUCAGGCUCGCGCCCGGGACAUCCCUGUGCGCGGGUCUCGCGGUGCGUCACCUUCAGCGCGAGCCAUCGGCUCCACAGCAAAUCUCUCAGUGAUGAAAAGAAUCUGAAGCUGUUUGGGAAAUGUAAUAAUCCCAAUGGCCAUGGGCAUAACUAUAAAGUUGUGGUGACAAUACAUGGCGAGAUUGAUCCUGUUACAGGAAUGGUUAUGAAUCUGACAGACUUAAAAGAAUAUAUGGAGGAGGCAAUUAUGAAACCCCUUGAUCAUAAGAACCUGGACCAGGAUGUACCUUACUUUGCAGAUGUUGUGAGCACAACAGAAAAUGUAGCUGUAUAUAUCUGGGAAAAUCUUCAGAAGAUUCUUCCUGUGGGAGUCCUUUAUAAAGUCAAAGUGCACGAAACUGACAAUAACAUCGUUGUCUACAAGGGAGAGUUAUCAGCCCUUGGGAAUUAAUAUUACUAUCUUAACAUUAAAUUCAUGGCUAAUCUUUUUGUAAAAGAACAUAUCUGUUGAAGUAUUAAUAAGCUGUCAUAUUGAUGCUACUAUUGUGUCCUGGAAUAUCUGAAUGUAAAAACAUUUCAAAUUCAUAGAAUUUUUAUUUCAAUAUAGAGAGUUGUACUUUACAAAUUUAAAGAAAAAUUGUUGUCAGAGUGCUUUGGUGGGUCGUUAAAAAACAAACCAACAAACUCUUCCUUUUAUUUUGUCAUGGUCAUCUAGUUUUCCUAAUUCAGAAAAUCUCUAGGCAUGAAUAAUAAAUGAAUGAAUUAAAAAGCAUUGUAUAAGUGCCUACUAUGUACCAUCCAUAAUGCUAAGCUUUGAAAAUACAAUAAAGCAGAUAGGCCUUCCUUUCAGUGAGUUUACAUACAACAUAUAAAUCAAAAUGGUGGUCAAUGAAGAUUAUUUGGUUGGAAAGUUAGAGGCACAGAAUAGAAUCAUAGGAGAAUGAAGAUUGACACAUGUUUUCAGGAACUAUAGCAGAAUUGAUAGGAAUAUUAGGAAUAGAUAGAGAGGGUGAAGAAAUCUGAGGUUUAAAAUGAAAUAUAGUCAGAGACAGAACCUAGAUUUGGUGGGCCACUGUGGCAACCAUAAUUAGCCUCCGAGGGCCAAAGAUAGGACUUGUAGGUAAGAACAUGUUAGGUCCUCCAGGGUACAAUUCUGGACAUAAAGGAUGCUUUUGUAACUUAUUUGAAAUAUUAAAAUGUAUGUAGAACUUUACAAUAAAUCAAGUUUGAGUGACAUAGCUGAUUUUGAAGACCAUGAAUAAUGAUUACUUAUUAUACAUCCUCUUAAAAUAAUACAACAAAAAAAGGAGGCUUUACUCUGGUGUGGCAACCCUCCCAUAGGAAUUGCUUACUCAUUGUCCCUAAUCAUUUUUCCUCUGUUAAUUUGUAUUACAUUAAAUGAAUGUAAAUCUGUAGGUCUGUGUUGUGUGCACAGAGCUUUUUCUUUCUUGGAUUCUCAUUUGCAUUGCUGGGGGGAAGGGAAGGAGCAUCUCCUUUUCUCCUUUGUGCUUUGUAUCCAGUAAAGAAUCAGAUUGACAAUGAAAGGCCAGAAUUUGUUUUACAGUAUUAAACUUAAUACAGUUUCAUGUGCAAACAUUUUGUUGUUGUGGUUGUACCAUGUUAAGGAAAUGAUUGUUUUGUUCUGUGAAUUAAAAAUAAAUUUAAAAACAAGA